AUGGAUGAACAAAUGGUCGACGCUCAAGAAAUUGCCCAAGAAACACCAGCCGAGCAUGUUUUCCGCGCGCCCUCGAUCCACACGGCCGAGAUCCUUAAGGGCGACUCGUACUCGCACUUUUCCAACAUCCCGCAGACCAUUGCCGACGACAUGACGACCGAGUGCGUACUCGGUGUCGACGAAGCAGGCAGAGGUCCAGUAAUUGGCCCUAUGGUGUAUGCACUUUUCUACCUUCCCGCGGCGCAGCACCGCUCCCUGCUCGCCGACACACACCACUUUGACGACUCCAAAGUGCUGACACCAGCCGUGCGGUCCUCACUCAUGGAAACGCUCUGCACGCCCGACAGUGACUUGCAUCAGACUUGUGGCUGGGCCACCCGCGUCAUGUCUGCCCGCGACAUCUCAGCCGGCAUGCUCAAAGCCGGGGGAACAUACAACUUAAACGCGCAGGCCAUGGAUGCGACCAUAGAGCUGGUGCAGAGCGUUCUCGCACGCGGCAUCAAUGUCGGCCACAUUUAUGUCGACACGAUCGGCAGCCCGGCCGUCUACCAAAAGCGCCUCGAGCGUGUCUUCCCUUCUGUGCGCAUCACCGUCGCCAAAAAGGCCGAUUCGCUCUACCCCAGCGUCUCGGCUGCGUCGGUUUGUGCCAAGGUCACCCGCGACGCUGCUCUCGACGUCUGCUACGAGACAUAUGCGGCGGGCGCAGAUGCGAGUCCCGCGGCUGCGGAUGGCUGGGGUUCGGGCUACCCGUCUGAUGCGCGCUGCUCAAGCUGGCUGAAGCGGAACAUGGAUCCAGUCUUUGGCUGGGGUGCCGAAUGCCGCUUCAGCUGGGGCACGGCAAAGGAUCUGCUUGAAGACAACAAGAAGGCGCCACUGAAGGUCGAGUGGCCGGUCGAGGAUGGCGACGAUGGCAUGCAGAUCUCCAAGUUCUUCACUGGCGCUGACGGGGACGAGGAUGGCGAUGAGUUGUCGAACUGGUAUGGCAGGCGCGUGGCGGAGGAGGUCUUCUGA